AUGCUCCACGUCAUCAACGACAAGGGCGAAGAGACCUCCCGCGGCAACACGCAGGCGCGCUACUACUGCGACCGGUCCCCGGACCUCCCGUACGCGCCGUACACGACCACGGUGACCGCCACGACGGGCCGUACCACCAGCACCAGGACGCUGACGUCUACUUCGAGCAGGACAACCACCACGAGCACGCGGACGACGACCACGCCAACAG